AUGAAACUAACCUCUCUGGUAUUAUCAAAUGCACCGGUUGUACUUAAUCCUGAAGGACAGCUAACUUUGCAACUAAGAAAUUUGCAAAUCCCUUACCUUGAAAAUUUAGGUAUCACAGAAGAUAAAUUUAGAGUCAUAGACUUAACGAAUAACGAAUUGUCCGAGAUUGAUAGUAUUCCACUUUUGAAGAAUUUAGAGGUUCUAUUGUUAGCUGGAAAUAAUAUCCAAGAAAUUUCACCUAAAAAUUCAGAGCUUUUUCAGAAACAUUUACCACUGCUUAGAUCGCUAUCUUUGAUAAAUAAUAAAAUACGAACGUUAUACAAUCUUAAGACUCUUUCAAAGUCCAAUAUCACUGACUUGGCAUUGAUUGGUAACCCAGUAGAACAAUUAACCAACUACAGAUUAUUCACCAUAUGGCUAAUACCAACGUUAAAGAUUUUGGACUUCAAUAAAGUCAAGCAAUCGGAAAGGAUUGAGUCCGAGAAACAAUAUGGGCCGCGUGGUGAACCCAAUGAGCUUGCUGUUUUCUUGUUGAAUGGCGGUAAUCCACAGGAUGGUUCAAAAACAGCAGUUGAAACACUGAACUAUGAAACUACUUCAAAAAAUCUUACUGACGAAGAUAGGAUCGAGCUUCUUAGAAAAUUGGAAAAUGCGGAAAGUAUCGACGAAAUAGAAAAGAUAGAGGGUAUGCUUAAAGCAUAA